GAAACCCCACCCACUACGAGAAUCGCCUCACCGCCGACCUCGGCAAAGCCCUGGGACUCAAUGAGGACGACAUCCGCCGCGCCGAUGCUUGGAUUCACGAUUUGCCGAAUUUCCGUUGUACAGUCGACUUGGACGAACACGCCAGAAACAGGUUUGGCAAGCUCCGGGGCACCAGCCUCGACGACGCGGUGAAGCGUUGCCGGCAGCUUUUCGACGUGGAGGCCAUGAUCAAGACCUUCUGCAACGAGGUGAACAGCUUCAAUGCUGAGACAUCCAAAGACUCCCUUCCCGG